AUGCCUCUCGCAGCGACCAGGACGGUCGCAAAGGCCCAGAACGGCGUCGGCGCCUUCGUGCUCCAGUGCAAGCGCCUCGAAUUCCACUACUGCAACUGGUGGGGAUCCUCCAAGGGCAUGAACGCCUUCAUCAAGUCGUCGCUGCCCGUCUUCGCCAAGCGCAACCCCUCGGUCGAGUUCUCCGUCAGCCCGCGGCCACGCAAGCACCCGGUCAUCAUCGCACACUACAUCAACGGCGCCACACGGUCCAUCUGCGUCAAGAACCUGCAGAACGAGGGCGUGAGGGACAAGGCUGAGAUGCUGAGGGACUCGAAUGGCGAGAAGAACAAGAAGCUCGGCAAGCCCGUCACGAGUAUCAACGAGAGCGUCAGGGGUAUCUGGUCGCCCUUCCACGGUGCGAAGAUUCGGAUCUGA